AUGAGCCCACUAAUGGCAUUAUUUGAGUUAAUAGAAAAGGCCAAUUUAUACUCAUCUGGAAAUUACACUGAGGCUGCAAUUCUUGCUGCUAAUUCACCACACGUAAGGAUUCCUUCUCUCAACCAUUUUUCUAAUAAUUCAUUUUUACUUUGUGUCAUAACAGGUCGUGCCGAUUCCAAUGAUUCUUGCUUAUUGAGACUACCAUUCUCCAACAAAACAGUGAAAUAUUGUUCAAAUAGUAACUCUUUAUCAGAAGAAACAUUAACAAUAACUUUUAAAAGAUCGAUUGUUCUUUAUCCAUUGCAGUGGAACUUGGUGAUUAUGUUUGAUUUAACAUUAGUGCUAUCUAUUUACCUUCGUGCCAAUAUUUCUAUUAAGGGAAAAAAGGUUGGAUUCCAACCAGAUUAUUCUUCUCUUUUGCAAAAAAUUAUGAGAAUGAAUCCUGACAAAGGUGAAGAAUUGGCUACUGCAUUAACAAACGAUGAAAAUGGACCUUUGGUUGAUAUUGAAAAAGCUUUAGAACUUUAUGAUGAUGUCAAUGAUAUUAAACGUAUAAUUACGCAUGCCCAUGCCUUACCUCCUAAUUUCAUUGUCAGCUAUUUUGGAAAUCUUUCAGUUGACAAUUCACUUGAUUGUUUAAAAGAAAUGCUCAAAGCCAAUAUUAGACAAAAUUUACAAAUAGUAAUACAAAUUGCUACAAAAUAUUCAGAACAAUUACGACCAUCAAAUUUGAUUCAAUUAUUUGAAUCUCUCAAGUCAUGCGAGAAUCUUUAUUAUUAUCUCGGUUCAAUUGUUAACAUUAGCACUGAUCCUGAUGUACAUUUUAAAUACAUUCAGGCAACUGUUAAAACAGAACAGAAUAAAGAAGAAGUUAAAUUGCAAGAUCAACUCCCAUUGAUUAUUGUCUGUGAUAGAUUUGAUUAUGUGCAUGAUUUAGUUUUAUAUUUGUAUCAACAAAAUUUAACAAAAUAUAUUGAAGUAUAUGUUCAGAAAAUUAAUUCAGCACGUACUCCAGCUGUCGUUGGUGGUUUAUUAGAUGUUGAUUGUGAUGAAAAUACUAUAAAAAAUUUAUUGAUGUCAGUUACUGGGACUGUUCUUAUUAUCAACUUAUUCAAGAAGUUGAAAAAAGAAAUCGUCUUAAAUUGUUAUUACCAUGGUUGGAGUUACAUGCUAAAGAAGGAAAUCAAGAUCCUAAACUUUUACAAUGCUUUGGCUAAAAUUCGUAUCGAUAAUAAUGUUGAUCCAGAAAAAUUUCUUCGAGAGGAUACACAUUAUGAUUCAAUGGUUGUUGGAAAAUACUGUGAAAAACGUGAUUCUCAUCUUGCUUUCGUUGCUUAUCAACGUGGACAAUGUGAUUUUGAACUUGUUAGGGUAACAAAUGAAAAUAUUAUGUUUAAACAUCAAGCUCGUUAUUUGGUGAAACGUCGUAAUCCUCAACUUUGGGCACAUGUGUUAGAUGGUAACAAUAUGCAUCGUACUAGUUUAACUGAACAGGUCAAUGCUGUUGUUUUGUCAGAAACUACCGACCCGGAAGAUGUUUCUGCCACAGUGAAAUAA